GUACAUGUGACAACGCUGCAGCUAUGAGUGGAAUUUUAAGGGGGAAGUGUGAAGAAAUUGACAACUCCUCACUCUGUUCCUCUGUGCAGGAAUCAGAUCAUGAAGUUUUUAGCUGUGACAGUGCUGACAGUGUUGAUAGUGUCAAUCCAUCCACUUCUAAUCAUUUCACUGGUACAUGUGACAGCGCUGCAGCUAUGAGUGGAAUUUUAAAGAGGAAGUUUGAAGAAGUUGAAGGCUCCUCACCCUGCUCCUCUGUGCGGGAAUCAGAUGAUGAAGUUUCCAGCAGUGAAAGUGCUGACAGCGGGGACAGUGUCAAUCCAUCCACUUCUAAUCAUUUUCCCCCCCCAAGAAUAAUAUUUAAAGCCCACAAAGAAGAAGAAAUGUAUGGUUUCUCUGAUUCCUUUUUCUACCACACUGCAACAUCAUCCCUUCCUGUCAGGCAGGGUAUUGUGAAGCUUGAAGAAAUGAUGAGAAAAAUUCUUAAGAGAACAUGGAAGUUAAGUAGGAAGGAAGGAAUUAUUGACGUGAAUCAUGCUAACCGAGUCCCGGGUGUGGCUCCACAUGUGCUGUGGAGUCGGAAACUUGAUGAGGUUCAUAUAGGCAAGCCAAGAAUUAACAAAAACAAAUCUAAAUGCCACAGAGGGGACAAGAUGGGAAAGAUGACUAAGAAUGGCACAGUGGAAUCUGAAGAAGCUAGCACUCUUACAGUGGACGACAUUUCUGACGAUGAUAUCGACUUAGACAAUACAGAGGUAGAUGAGUACUUCUUUCUACAACCCCUGCCAACAAAAAAACGGAGAGCACUGCUGCGGGCCUCUGGAGUGAAAAAGAUUGACGUGGAAGAAAAGCAUGAGCUGCGAGCGAUCCGCCUGUCACGAGAGGACUGUGGCUGUGACUGCCGUGUGUUCUGUGAUCCAGAAACAUGUACCUGCAGCCUGGCAGGCAUUAAGUGUCAGGUGGAUCGAAUGUCUUUCCCAUGUGGCUGCACUAAAGAAGGAUGUAGUAACACAGCAGGUAGAAUUGAAUUUAAUCCUAUCCGUGUCCGGACUCACUUUUUGCACACAAUAAUGAAACUUGAACUGGAGAAAAACCGAGAGCAGCAGAUCCCCACCCUGAACGGCUGCCAUGGUGAGAUAAGUGCUCACAGUAGUUCCAUGGGCCCUGUCUCUCACUCCGUAGAAUAUUCCAUCGCAGACAAUUUUGAGAUUGACACUGACCCCCAGGCUGCAGUGCUGCACCUGCAGUCGGCUGAGGAAUUAGAUUGCCCAGGCGAGGAGGAGGAGGAGGAGGAGGAGGAAGAGGAGGAGGAGGAAGAGGAUGGAAGCAGCUUCUGCAGUGGAGUCACCGAUUCGAGCACCCAAAGCUUGGCACCUAGUGAGUCAGAUGAGGAGGAGGAAGAGGAAGAGGAGGAGGAGGAGGAGGAGGAGGACGAUGACGAUAAAGGGGACAGUUUUGUGGAAGGUUUGGGUGCCCACGCCGAAGUUGUCCCCCUGCCUUCCGUCCUGUGUUAUUCUGAUGGCACCGCCGUUCACGAAAGCCACGCAAAAAAUGCUUCUUUUUAUGCCAACUCUUCAACUCUGUAUUACCAAAUAGAUAGCCACAUUCCAGGAACCCCUAGCCAGAUCUCCGAGAACUAUUCUGAAAGAGAUACUGUCAAAAACGGUACCCUCUCGCUGGUGCCUUACACCAUGACCCCGGAGCAGUUCGUUGACUAUGCCCGACAAGCGGAAGAGGCCUACGGCACCUCUCAUUACCCAGCUGCUAACCCCUCUGUCAUCGUUUGCUGCUCCUCCUCGGAAAACGACAGCGGCGUGCCCUGCAGUAGCUUAUAUCCUGAACACAGGUCCAAUCACCCUCAAAUGGACUUUCACUCAUACUUGAAAGGCCCCUCCCAGGAAGGGUUUGUCUCUACCUUGAAUGGUGACAGUCACAUUUCAGAGCAUCCUGCUGAAAAUUCUUUGAGCCUUGCUGAAAAGAGCAGAUUGCAUGAAGAGUGCAUCAAAUCGCCUGUGGUGGAGACCGUCCCUGUCUAGUAGCUUAAGACCAACUCUCCUCCUAUUUAAAGCACUGUAUUUAAUUGGAUUUCCUGGGCUCACGGUUGUUUAAAAUGAGGACCAAGAAAACUUGGACAGUAGGAAAUCUUCCAGACUGUAUUUUGUUUUCUUCUUUGUAGCUACAUGACUGUGGCAUUGCACAAAUACAGUCUUUAUGAGGAUUUUAAAAGAUUUCAGACUGUUUUGAUAGAAAAUGCUAAUUUUAAAAAAAGCAUAUCUCACAAUUGCCUACCUGUCAAACUGUGUGAAACCUGCCAAGCUGUGUAGAUCAGAGCUCCAAGUUUUGGAUUAUCGGGCCUGUGCAAGAUUAUUAACUAAGACUGGGAAAUAAUAAGAUUUAGAGUCCUACUUUUCGAUAUAUCUGAAGAUGAUAGUGACUUUUUAAUGUAAAAGUAACUAUUGUAAGAAAAAGAUUUAAUCGUUCCAUGUGUAUUUUAUUUAUGGUAGUUAGAAGUCAUGUUUUGAUGAAAAUGAACAGCAGCAUGUUCUUUUAAGCUGAAGAUGCAUAGUUAGUACCACCGAGCAUGCCACAUGGAUUGCAUCUGGAAUCCAUUCAUGUUUUUAUGAUCAUCACUGAUCAGAUUCGCAAAUACUUUCUUAAUGGUGAAAUAGGCCUAUUUUUGCUAUUUUGGACAAAUAAAUGAGUCUAUAUGUGCAGGUCCUUACACAGUUUUCUCUAAAGUUAAAGAGUUAGGACAAUCCUCUGGUGAGGGUCUAGUUUGUUGCCCUCCCUCAGUUGACUCCAGAGAUGGAGGUAGAAGGAAUUGCCUUUCUUUUUUAAACAGCAUCAUCUUGGUUCUUAGCUUGGACAGCACCUUUAAACUCUACUCCCCUACAUCAAAAUGCACUUUAGUGCCCCUUCAUGGUACCUUGUGAGGGGUGGGGACUGAGAACUCUUUGAGAUGAAAAUUUUUAAUUUUUUUUUAAUCUGUAACUAUUAUAAGGUUCAUAUAAUCCAAUGAUACUUUGUGAAGGAAAAAUGACCUGUUUUCCUUUGUCACUCUGAAGACCUAACUCAGUAAAAGCAGAGGAGGCUGAGGAACAUGGAAGAGACACAUCCUCAGCAGCCAGCCUUUUCUACAGCGUGAUCAAUCCAUCUCUACAAAAAGAGUGUGUAAUGAGAUUUUCAUUUAGUGACUAGCUGAUGGAAGUGGGGGGGGGCCCCACCCAAAUAUUCAACUAGGCCUUACUUUUUGAAGCAUUUUGAUUUCUCCUGCCUGGGACAAUUAGCAGAACAGUCCAGAAUGCAUUGAGUCCUUUCUAAUUACCUCACGUUCUCUUGUUAAAGAGGACAGAUAGAAAUAAAACAUGCACUCCCCACCAUUAGAUUAUGUGCACUUGGUUUAUCAGAGGACUUCUAAGAUCCCAUUUUCUUGUAAAUUAAUUUAGGCGACUAAAUAGUGUGUUUUACCUUCUUUUUUCAAUGCAAUAUGACUAUGCUAAAUCUGUUUCAUAUUUUUGAACUUCUAUUGUUAUAUCAUUUCACAUAUGCCUCUUUGAAAUGUGGACAUGCCUUGCUAUUCAGUGAUUGCAUCACUACUUAUUUUUUAUGUCUUUUGGACUUGGAUGUUUAGAUAUAUGGAUAUAAACAUAUUGUAGAUCCCAAUUCCUUAAAAAAUACUAUUUAAUUGAGCUUAAAAAUUUUUGAACUAAGGAAAGUCCUCCAAUGGAAAAGUUUCUUCUAAAACUUGAUUUGGGGAAAAUGUGUUUACUUGGCAGCUCUUUCAUUAUGCAAUUGGUUCCUAUCCCUUCUCUACCCCACUACUGGGCCAAAUUUAUAACCACUAAUAUUAAAGUGAAAGGAGCUUUGAGUUUGUCCUUAUGGAGGUUGCAGUAAUGAGAGCAGGGAUGUCCCUUUUUAGUGAUGAGUCCUUUGGGCUAAUCAGAUUGGGGUUUUGCUAUCCUGUGUUGUCUACAAAGUUACAGUUUAUAGUGCUUGAUCAAAUUAUUUUCCCCUACCAAUACAAUCUAAAGAGCACAGGCCCAAAGAGAAAUAUGACAAGAGGCUAUUGUUCUUUCGUUCAAGCACGUGACGGAAUCGCGUGUGCCCUGUGUCCUAGAUCAUUACAAGCCCUUGAAGUAUUUACCUGUGAAGCAUUCAGCUUAUUCUUGGAACACAGUAUGGCAGAGUGGGGAAGGGGUGACUCUGACUGGAGCAGAGUUGAAGGAUAGAAUGUAAGUUCAGUUUCUGAAAGGACAGAUAUGUAAUUCAGUUCAGGUUGAUUUUCAAGAAAGCUGACACCUGCUUGUUCAUGUUUGGCUGGUCUUUGUUUUGUUGCUUCAUUUCCAAAAGAACGCUUAAGCUAGAAACAGGUGCGCGCGCGCGCGCGCACACACACACACACACACACACACACACACACACACACACACACACAUUAUCCCCCUAUCUGUUCAAUUGGAGUUGGUAAUCAUAGCUACACAGAAGGAUUAAUCUUCCAACCAUACAGCUUCCAUUCCAAAUUUUCAUAUGUAUAACAACCCCUAAACAUCUCUCAUAAACUACAUGCACAAAUUACCUACACCCACAUCUACCACACAGGCACACACAUUCAACAGAUAGAUACCACACAGUGAAUAAUGACAGAGUAUAAGCAGUGGCCAAAAUUCAAUACAUUAUUUUGUACUGAAUUUCUCCCACCCUAGAAGCUGUUUGGGUUUUAUGCUCUAAAAAUGUCAUCUAAAAAGAGUACAAUUUUUAAAGAUAGAGUUUGAAAAUAUUGAGUCAAAGUUGUAAAUAAUACUAAUGAUAGAAUCAUUGCAUUGUUACUUCCUUUCCCAGAAAAGCUGAGAGAGCAGUGUUCCAUCUGACUUUUUUCCCCCCAUUAAUAGCCCUUCUAUUCAACGAAAACUGCCCACAUGCCAGGAAAGCGUGAUAGUUUUUCUAAGCUUUUUAAAAUGGGGAUCAAGCUAGAGGCAACCAGUGGAGAUACUUAAGAACUUUAUACCAAGACACAAUAACCUGACCUGCAGCCGUUGCAUUGCCCCCAGAGUAAGGAUAUCUAACCAAAUUAUAGUCAUUUUUGACACACGGCCUUUUAGUCAUUCACUGUCAAUAGCAAAGCUUCCUACAUUGGUCCCUGUUGUUUUAGCGCCAGCCCUCUCUACCUUUUACUGGACCGUAAUUCCCGGUUAUAAUCCAGGCCAAAUGGAUUUGCAAGUCAAGUGGGUAGAGCAGCUUGCAUUUCCUUCGUCAUUCUAGGUUUCCUUUGGGAGAGAGAAGUCAAUGAAAGAGAUUUACUUAAGAUUUUUUCCCCCAUUUCUUGAUCAUUGAUUGUGAAGACAUAAGUAAAACGUUUGCCCCAUGUCUUUUGGUUAAUUGAAUUAUAUAUUUAGUUUUUGAAAGGCAAUCUUUAUUGUUCGUGAUGAAACUUUAUUUUUCCUAUUGUCAGCCACAUAUAAAAUGUGAAAUUAAUAUUUACUAGAGUGAUACGAUCCUCACAAUGAUGUAUGACUCAAUAAUAGCACCCCCC